AUGGCCGAUAGCUUCGAUAGAAGUUUGAAAAGUGAAAAAUGUGGCUGUUAUGGGGAUUGUAAAGACAUAAAAAGACUUCCAACUCAUGUCAUUAUCCAGAGGCAGCUUCAAGAUGUCAUCAAAUCUCAAGCAGAAAUGUUGAAUCAUCUGGACGAAAGUAUACAACAACAGAAUUCACAGCUAGAAGAAACCUACAUAGCCAGAGAGACAGAGAAAAAUAAACUAAAUGUUUUAAAGAAAAGUAUAGAAGACCGAUAUAUUCUAAAAGAAGAUUUUAUUGUUGUUGACUCGGCGUUAAAGGAAGAGAGAUUCGAACACAAUAAAACGAAACAUAAAUUAAAAGAAGUAACGGAUAAAUUAGAUUUUUCUCUGGGAGAAAUUGAAAUUUUAACAAAACAGCUGGAAAGAGAGAAGGCUUCGUUCGAUUCUUCAUACAAGUCUAUCAAAAAUAAACUGAGUCAAUCAAAUGACUAUAAUAGAGAAUUAGAGAAGAAACUCACAGAGUCGAAGAAAAGAUGUCGAGUGAACGAGGAGGUGAUAAAAACUAAAGACGAUGAAAUCAGAAGAUUACAGGAUCAAGUUAAACAACUUCAGUCCAAAUUCAAACAAAAAGUUGGUGAAAUCGACGUAGAGAAACAACAAGAACUGUACAUCGCGAAGAUGAUGGAAGGCAAGAAAACCAAGGCUAAAGCUCUACCUAAACGAUAGCUGAUAGAAAGCCGUAGAGGACAAUUGUCUCGUUGCAUUUAAUUGCACGCUCAGUUUAAUAUGGUUUGUACCUUUGUGAGCGUCACUUGCAUUAACCUGAAAAGUUACGUGGUUGGAUGCAGGAUCUGUAGGGCGGAUAUGCACAUGGAAGAUAAAUGCAUAAAAACAUACUUAUUUUGUUUAAGGUAGUUUAGGUGAUAAUAAACACUAGAUAUUCUGGGUUUCAUAUUUGCGAAUAUUAUUUAUUCUACCCUUAAACAAAAUAGACUGCGUUUGUUCAGGUUCGGAAACGUCUACGGUUAAACAUUGAUGAUUAAAAACAUCGUUCGGGUAUGCUCAAGGUUGCGAAACGUCCUGGAUGUGCAUUUCACUGAACCCCUAGUAGGGCCUAUUGUCUUUACUGUAUUAUAAUUACGGGUUUUGUUUUUGAAGAAUUAAAGUGUGUUUUGUUC